GCAGACCUUCGAAUUUUUUUUAGAAAGAGAUAUCUGCAAGAACUUUUUCGUAUCCAAAUAUGUCUCAACUCGUUUCCAGAAAUGAAAAAAUUGGAUGAACCAAUUUUUGUCAAUUUUUUUCUGGUGUAAUUCCUAGGAAGACAGAAUUUUAAGGAAACUAACCUCCCGCGCACAGCACUAGUGUGUCAGCGCAUCCCAUAUCCACGAAGCUUCGAGGUUUAAAACAUUUGAAAGUUGAAACAUCUGCGGUUGGUAGCUACAGUCGUAAAUCUUUGAUUAUUUAAACCUUUAUUUGUUCCUCACGAAACCUAUUCAAAUUGGGAGUUGGAAUUAUGUACCCCAAAGAUCAAACUUUUUGCCUCACCUUAACUACCUACCUUCUAUUUAAUCAAACAAGCCGCUCGACAAAUCAAUAACAGCAUAACAGAGUGCCUUCCCACAAUUCUGAGGAUAUGAAUCCCACUCCCCAAAAUGUUCACUGCAUUUCAGAGUGCUUCAUCAAACCUCACUCCACUCCUGAAGAAUCAAAGCAACCAUAUUACCUUAGCCCAUGGGAUCUUCUCAUGCUCUCCGUCCAAUACAUCCAAAAGGGUCUUCUCUAUGCCAAACCUCCCACUGCCCUCGACGAUGGCGGCCAAUUCAUCGACAGUCUGCUUAAAAAGCUCAAACACUCACUCUCAAUUGCCCUCGUUCAUUUCUACCCACUCGCCGGACGACUCGCAACAAUUCGAUAUGAAGAUGAAGGUUCUUGCCUCGUUUAUGUUGACUGCAACAACAGCCCCGGAGCCAAAUUCAUCCACGCCCGUCUCGACAUGACGAUUUCCGAUAUCCUUUCACCCACCGACGUGCCGGUAAUUGUUCAAUCUUUAUUUGACCAUGACAGGGCAGUCAACCACGACGGUCAUUCCAGAUCGUUACUGUCCGUUCAGGUCACUGAAUUACUGGACGGCGUCUUCAUUGGGUGUUCCAUUAACCACAGCAUCGUCGAUGGAUCUUCUUAUUGGCAUUUCUUCAACAUGUGGUCUGAGAUAUUUCAAGCAGAGGACGGCACUUUUUCAAUUUCACGCCCACCAAUCCUCCCGCGUUGGUUCCCCGAGGGCCACGGUCCAAUCCUGAAACUCCCAUUCACAAAUCCAGAUCAAUUUAUUACCAAAUUUGAAGCACCCCAACUUAGGGAAAGAAUGUUCCAUUUUUCCUCUGAAUCCUUGGCCAUUCUCAAAGUCAGAGCAAACACAGAGUACAAAACCAACAAAAUCUCCUCCUUCCAAUCCUUAUCUGCACUUGUCUGGAGAAGCAUAACACGAGCCCGUGGCCUAUCACCCGAUCAAACCACGGGGUGCAGAUUGGCAAUUAACAACAGAUCAAGGCUUAAUCCACCGCUACCCGAAAAUUAUUUUGGUAAUUCGAUUCAAACCGUACGAGGAGUUGCCAUUGUAAAGGAACUGCUGGAAAACAAUCUCGGGUGGGCGGCGUGGAAAUUGCACGAGGCUGUAGUGAACCACGACGACGAGAAGGUGCGAGAUCACGUGAACAAGUGGCUGGAAUCUCCGUUUGUGUACCAAAUUGCCCAAUUAUUUGACCCAUUGAGUGUGAUGAUGGGAAGCUCUCCCAGAUUCAACAAGUAUGGGAAUGUGUUUGGAAUGGGAAAGGCUUUGGCUCUUAGAAGUGGGUAUGCGCAUAAAUUUGACGGGAAAGUAUCUUGUUACCCUGGAUCUCAAGGAGGAGGAAGUAUAGAUUUGGAGCUGUGUCUUCGACCAGAUUUCAUGAGUGUUCUUGAGGCUGAUGAGGAAUUCAUGAAUGCUACUACUCCACCAGAUCCACUGUACUCCUAGUUGUUUUUAUUUGCCAAAUCAUACCAAACCUCAAAAUUAAUUGGAAACCCAAUGUUAGAUAUUAUAUUAAAUUUUUCUUAGUCACUUUAAAUUUUUUGGUCAAUUGAUGAUUUAAGAUCUAAUGUAAGAUAUUCCUAUAUAUGUAUUCUAUUGUUAUCCUUAAUUUAGUCUA